ACGAUGUCGACAUUUUCUUCAACAACUUGGUUUCGUCUGGAUUCACCCUUUUGGACUUUCCGAUUCUCAUAUUUAAUUCAAUCCUACGCAAUCUCUCCACUUUUCAUGAUCCCGACGAAAUCUUAUACCCCUCAAUGUUCCUCAUCGAUGUUCUUUGGAAAUUGCUUCCUCUUUACUUCUUCGGAUCAGAUAGAGAUUCUCUCUCAGCAACAGAGUCCAUUUUGCAGAUAGUUCCUGAGACAAUGGCUGCUUCGUCUUCAUCUAGCAUCCUUUGCAACGCAGGAGAAUCAGACCUUUGUCGAGACGAUUCUGCUGCGUUUCUACUAAAACUAGUAGCCAUUGCUUCAAUUCUCAUGGCCGGAGCUGCAGGUGUAGCUAUACCACUCAUUGGCAGGAACCGCCGGUUUCUUCAAACCGAUGGUAGUCUCUUUGUGGCUGCUAAAGCCUUUGCAGCUGGUGUGAUCCUAUCCACUGGAUUUGUUCACAUGCUGGCUGGUGGCACAGAAGCGUUGACCAACCCUUGCUUACCUGAUUUCCCUUGGUCUAAGUUUCCUUUUCCGGGGUUCUUUGCCAUGGUUGCUGCUUUGAUCACUCUACUUGUUGAUUUCAUGGGGACUCAGUACUAUGAGAGGAAGCAAGAGAGGGAAGCUACUGAUAAGUCUGAUGAACAGCCUGGUUAUGAACAGUCACCGAGUAUUGUCGUUCCUGUGGUUGCUGAAGGAGCGAACGAUGAGAAAGUGUUUGGAGAAGAAGACAAUGGCGGGAUUCACAUUGUUGGUAUUCAUGCUCAUGCUGCUCAUCAUAGACAUAAUCAUCCUCAAGGUCAUAAUUCAUGUGAGGGACACCGUAAAAUCGACAUUGGUCAUGGACAUGGACAUGGUCACGGUCACGGACAUGGACACGGACACGGGGGUUUGGAUGUCGGAAGUGGAGCAAGGCAUGUUGUUGUUUCUCAGGUUUUGGAGCUUGGAAUCGUAUCACACUCGAUCAUCAUUGGUAUAUCUCUUGGAGUAUCACAAUCUCCUUGCACAAUCAGACCUUUAAUCGCAGCACUAUCGUUCCACCAAUUCUUUGAAGGAUUCGCGCUCGGUGGAUGCAUCUCCCAAGCACAGUUCAGGAACAAAUCAGCGACCAUAAUGGCUUGUUUCUUCGCCCUCACGACACCGAUAGGGAUCGGUAUUGGAACUGCAGUGGCGUCUUCUUUCAACUCUCACAGUGUUGGAGCAUUGGUCACGGAAGGUAUCUUGGAUUCGCUCUCGGCAGGGAUUCUUGUGUACAUGGCUCUUGUGGAUCUCAUAGCUGCUGAUUUCUUGAGUAAGAGAAUGAGCUGUAACUUUAGGCUUCAAAUUGUUUCUUAUUUGAUGUUGUUCCUCGGAGCUGGACUCAUGUCUUCUCUUGCUAUUUGGGCUUAGAUUGUUAAAGACUCCAUAGUUUCUGUUAUAGCUAGCUAUAGCUUUACGAGACAACAUGUGUAUAGUUCUAGAAUUAUCAAUUCAACAAUUUCUCGCGAUUAAGGAAUGCAUUGUUUUGUAUUUAUACGACAAUUUAUUGAUGAAA